AUGUCCAACCUUCCUUACGAGCCCGAGUUCGAGCAGGCCUACAAUGAGCUUGCCUCGACCCUCGAGAACUCUUCCCUUUUCGAGAAGCACCCGGAGUACAGGACCGCCCUGAAGGUCGCCGCCAUUCCGGAGCGCCUCAUCCAGUUCCGUGUCGUCUGGGAGGAUGACAAGGGCCAGCUCCAGGUCAACCGCGGCUUCCGCGUCCAGUUCAACUCUGCCCUGGGUCCCUACAAGGGCGGUCUCCGCUUCCACCCCACCGUCAACCUCUCCAUCCUGAAGUUCCUUGGCUUCGAGCAGAUCUUCAAGAAUGCUCUCACCGGCCUCAACAUGGGUGGUGGCAAGGGUGGCUCCGACUUCGACCCCAAGGGCAAGUCCGACAGCGAGAUCCGCAGGUUCUGCCAGUCUUUCAUGCGCGAGCUGAGCAAGCACAUUGGCGCCGACACCGACGUUCCCGCCGGUGACAUUGGUGUCGGUGGCCGCGAGGUCGGCUACAUGUUCGGUGCUUACCGCCAGGCCCGCAACAGGUGGGAGGGUGUUCUCACCGGCAAGGGCGGCUCGUGGGGCGGUUCUCUCAUCCGCCCCGAGGCCACCGGCUACGGUCUUGUCUACUACGUUGAGCACAUGAUCAAGUACGCUUCUGGCGGCAAGGAGUCGUUCAAGGGCAAGCGCGUCGCCAUCUCGGGCUCCGGCAACGUUGCUCAGUAUGCUGCGCUGAAGGUCAUCGAGCUCGGCGGUACCGUCGUCUCUCUCUCCGACUCCAAGGGCGCUCUGAUCGCCACCGACGCCGCUGGCUUCACCCCUGACGUCAUUGAGACCAUCGCCAACAUCAAGCUCAACCGCAAGGCUCUGACUGAGUUCGCAGACCCCAAGUACCAGUACAUCGAGGGUGCCCGUCCGUGGGUGCACGUUGGCAAGGUCGACGUUGCCCUCCCCAGCGCUACUCAGAACGAGGUCUCUGCCGAGGAGGCGAAGGCGCUCAUUGACGCCGGCUGCAAGUUCAUUGCCGAGGGCUCCAACAUGGGCUGCACUCAGGAGGCCAUUGACACCUUCGAGGCUCACCGUAAGGCCAGCGCCAACGCCGCCAUCUGGUACGCUCCUGGCAAGGCCGCCAACGCCGGUGGUGUCGCUGUCUCCGGUCUGGAGAUGGCCCAGAACUCGCAGCGCAUCAGCUGGACCUCCGAGGAGGUCGAUGACAAGCUCAAGCUCAUCAUGAAGAACUGCUUCGAGAACUGCCUUGAGACCGCCAAGGCCUACGUCCCGGCUGCCGAAGGCGAGUUCCCCAGCCUGGUUGCCGGUGCCAACAUUGCUGGUUUCGCAAAGGUCGCUGCCGCUAUGCGCGAGCAGGGUGACUGGUAUUAG